CGUUGACAAGCAAAAGUACUACGGCGUCCCACUGACAGAUGUCCUCUGUGCUCUGAUCCUUAUUAACCAUUGAUUUUCCCUUGCCCCUUAGGAGUUUGUCUCCGAUAAAUCAGAUUACGACCAUGGAAAUGACCCCGAUGAUGCUCGUGCCCAGCUUAAGGAAGUUCAAGUGCCCCUGGGCGCACUGUGGAAAGUCCUUCAACCGCAAGUCCGACCUCUGCCGACAUCACCGCAUCCACACCAACGAACGACCGUACCACUGCACUAUCAAAGGCUGCAACAAGAGCUUCGUCCAGCGCAGCGCGCUAACCGUCCACUUCCGCACGCACACCGGCGAACGCCCACACGUCUGCGACUUUGCCGGCUGCGAGAAGGCCUUCUCAGACUCCUCAAGUCUAGCCCGCCAUCGGCGCACCCACACCGGCACAAAACUGUACAAUUGUCCAGAGAGAACAUGUCACAAGAGCUUCUCCCGCAGAGAAACACUAGCGAACCAUCUCCAACGCCAUCAUCCGGCCAUCAUGGGCCGGGAAUAUCCGCAGUCGCAUACGCAUACCUGUGAAGACGCAGCUUUCACGGAAUCUCCAUACCAGACUAUACUGCCGCUGGCGACGAAUGGGACGUUCGUCCCUGCGUUCUACAUGCAGCAUGACCUUCCCGUGAGCUACGCGACGACACAACAGAGUAUACCGCUCCAAUCGGCCUUCCCCGUGGCGAUGCAGGAGAUGCAGUAUUCGCUCUCCAGCGAUUCUCUACAGCAGUUUCAGAACCUCGGGAUUGUGGGGCUCACAGAUCGUCGCGUAUUAGAUUAUAGACAGGGGCUGAGCAAUGGUUAUGAGUUCUCUGGGUGAAGGUGGGCAUAUGAUGGCGCAGUUUAACUAGGGUUGGGGCGUUUUGGCGAUGAUUCCGGUCUUCUGGUGAGUAGGACGGCUUUACUUUGUACUGGGUGUUUAACUGGAUCAUGCGCAGCGGGCACAUAGAGGGUUGGGAAAAGUCGGAUAAACUGGAUCAUUUAUCCAAGGAGUCGAAAUUGUGGUGAUUCGGUGCAUUGAGGAUUGGAAACUCCAGGUUCGGUGUCGUAUUCAGGACCAGGCAAUACUCAGCCUCUAAAUAGUGGCUAAAGACGAAGUAGUAAGGCAGCUUAGUCGCUGUAAUCGCGUUUCGUUCUCUCGUGGUCUAG